GUGAUGGCGGCGGUGGGUGAGACUUUUCCUGUCAGCGGAUCGGGCUGGUCCUGCCGGCGGGCGGUGGGGCUGCACCCCGCCCCGGCGUUGCGCCGUGCUGCGCCGCACCGGGCCGGGCGGCGGGCCACGCCAUGGGGCUGCUGGAGCGCCUGCGGAAGGAGUGGUUCAUCCUCGGGAUCGUACUGGUCAUCGCGGUGGCUCGGCUGGAGCCCGCCGUCGGCGUCAAAGGGGGACCCUUGAAACCAGAAAUUACCAUAACUUACAUUGCUGUUUCAGCUAUAUUCUUUAACAGUGGACUCUCCUUAAAAACUGAGGAGCUGACAAGUGCUUUGAUGCAUGUGAAACUACACCUUUUUGUCCAGAUUUUUACACUUGUGUUCUUCCCAACAGCGAUAUGGCUUUUUCUUCAGCUAUUAUCAAUCACACCUAUAAAUGAAUGGCUUUUAAAAGGCUUGCAGACAGUAGGCUGCAUGCCUCCUCCUGUGUCUUCUGCAGUAAUUUUAACCAAAGCUGUUGGUGGAAAUGAGGCAGCUGCUAUAUUUAAUUCCGCUUUUGGAAGUUUUUUGGGCAUUGUUAUAACUCCACUUCUGCUUCUGCUUUUUCUUGGAUCAUCCUCCUCUGUGCCUUUUACAUCUAUAUUCUCACAGCUGUUUAUGACUGUUGUAGUCCCCCUUAUUAUUGGACAGAUUGUCCGAAGAUACAUCAAGGACUGGCUUGAAAGGAAGAAGCCUCCAUUCGGCGCUAUCAGCAGCUGCGUUCUCCUGAUGAUCAUCUACACAACAUUCUGUGAUACUUUCGCCAAUCCAAAUAUCGACCUUGAUAAAUUUAGCUUGAUUAUAAUAGUGUUCAUAAUAUUUUCUAUUCAGAUGAGCUUCAUGUUUUUGACUUUCCUCUUCUCCACAAGGAAUAACUCUGGUUUCACACCAGCAGACACAGUGGCUAUUGUUUUCUGCUCCACACACAAAUCGCUCACCCUGGGGAUUCCAAUGCUGAAGAUAGUAUUUGCGGGUUAUGAACACCUGUCCUUAAUUUCCGUCCCCUUACUCAUCUAUCAUCCUGCUCAGAUUCUUCUUGGGAGUCUGUUGGUACCAACAAUAAAAUCUUGGAUGGUUUCUAGGCAAAAGGCACUGAAGUUAACCAGGCAGCCCAAAGCACCCGUGAAGGUAUAAUGAUGGACAUGGCCCGUGUCGCAGUGAAUGUAUAUAUGUACUAUACUGUACACACAGACAAUUGAGAUAACGGGGUAUUUGUGAAUGUUGCUUCAGUGGAUGUUUUAUUUUUAUAUAUACAUAUAUAUAUAUAUAUAUAUAUUAAAAAGAUACCUGUUAAGUGCCUUACAGAUGCAUUUUUGGUGAAAACAUUGUUUCCAGAAGCCACUUUGUUGGUUACUGCAAGAGGUUGUACAGUAUUUUGGAAUCCUUUAGUUUUUAUUUUUCUAACCAAGUGAAUGAUGAUGACUAACAGCUGUUUCUUCCAUUGCCCCUGCAUUGAAGGCAGGGCGUACCAGCUGUAAGUCUCUGUUUUAAACUAGCCACAAUGACCAGAAGCCUAUGCCACUGCUGGCUUACUGUGGGGAAGAGCUUGCUGAAGAUUUUUUCCAAGAUUGACUUGAAUUUCUGUGUGACUCUGUUACACUUCCCAGUCAUAUGACUGUGACAUGCCUUUUUCUUCUGAGUUUGUGUAUACUCAGCAUGGGGCCAUCCAUUGGAUAGAAGCUGAGAAGCAUGAAUUAUUUGCAUUUGUUGACACAGUUGUCUAGACAUUCCUUCAAAGUUAAUGGUUUCUCAAGAAAAUUCUUUCAAUUCCAUUGUAUGAUAUUGUGCCAUUGUAUAUCUUAAAUGCCUCCUAAGCUUCUUCAAAGAAAUGGUCUGGUGCUUGGGUUAUGAGUGAAGUAUUUAUGUUUGCAGCUGGGAGAUCUUUUAUAAUUUACCUCUGAAGAACACAAUUUUUUGUUAUUCUUUUUUCUUUUCCUUUCCCCGAUGCAAUGCACAGAGAUCUGCAGUGACAGAAUUUAGGAUGCUAAUGCUGAAAUAGAGCCUUUAUUGUAGUAAGCCAAGCUAUGUUUUCUAUAUUGCUGCAUUGGUAAUGAAUAAUAGCUUGUGAGGACAAGAAUGUUGACAAUUUUUUUUUCAAUUAAAAGGAUCCUUAUAGUAACCGAAAUGCUAUUUUAGCUAAUUUGACAAUCAGCCGCAACUUUUUAAAAAUAAAAUGUUACUCUUUUAAAUAAAAUUAUAUAUAUAAGAAAAUACAAAAUACUAUUUCUAAGAGGAGUGUUGAAGAGGAAGGAACACAGGCAUAUAUUUAAGCACAUAGCCAGCACUUGUCCAGAUUAAGAUUUCAGAGGAGCACUCUAGUCCACGCCCAUGUGCAAAAACUGUGCUGGCAGCUGUGCAUUAAAACAGUAAAAGGAAUGAAAGAAAUAGGUCAAACUGGGAUCAAUAUAAAUGCAGAAGUGUCGUGGGUGUCACGGUUAACAUUGCACUUAAUGGUGCAACUGAGUGCAAGCACCCAGGAGCAGAUCUUUAGCAGAUGUAAAUUAUGGUAGCUCUGAUAAGACUGUAGCCAUUUAUACAAGCUAAAGAUCUUUUGUAUGACAAUAGGCAUGCGAAAUUGAUAUCCUUUUGCCUUAGUGAAAAAAAAAAAUCAUGUUUACUUUACCUAGUGUGUUAUUCCUAGUCCUUUAUUCCUGUGAAAAACAGGAAGGGAAUCUGUUUACCCAUCCUGGGUGCUUUACCUGAUGGUCAGUCAACCAGUGCAAGACUGGGAGCUGACAGCAUCACCUGGUUCGGAACUGUCAUCACCAAUAAAACAACCAGGGAAUGAAGGUAUGUGAGGUGGCAACAUGCUGUAUUCUUUCUCGCAGUGGGGAGUCUAGACUCAGGACAGUUUCUUUUUGUUGUUUUCAUAAACCUAAACUUACAGAGUAGAUAAGGACUUAAUCCAAAUCCCACUGAAAUCAGUGACUCUCUUGGUUUUGAAUGGCAAAGCAGCAGGCCCAGAAAGUGCUGGCUUUUUUUUGACUAUAUAGGAAGGAAGAGUUCAAGCAUAGGGUAAUGCUAAAGCAUUUCUGUCAAUGCUCAAUAGUCAGAACACUUGAAAUACCCUUACUGAGCUACCUCCAUGUACUGAAUCUGUCUUUCAGUACAUCCAACGACUUGCUUAAAUUCCACUUAACACAUCCUUUUUUCUUUGUUAAAUGUUUUCUACAUUUAAGAAUAUUUCAAACUGUUUUAAGAUGGAGUUUUGUUAGAGCCUUUAUGAAGUCCUUGUCAAUUGCUUGGAGCAGUCUAAAUGUUGUGUAUGAGUGUUGGGGGUGUUGGCCUAAGGGGAAUAUAAAGCAAAACUGAAACACAUAUUUUAAUUCCAAACUUAAUGAAACUGAAUUAUGCAUAUCAAUUCUGUUACGUUUAAAGACUGUUGGUUUAUGACAUGUUGUUAUGCCUAUAUGUCUCUAAUAAACAGAUUUGGGUUGAAUUUAAUUUUGUUAAUAGAAGAACAAGAUAAAAUUACUUUUCUUUUAGGUCAACUUUUUACCUCUGUUACCUGUAUUUUGUUCUUUUGUGGGUAAGCUUUUAAACUGUUUUCUUGUCCUUUAGAAAAAAUAAUCCAUGAACUGUACAGAAAUAUUUUAUUAACUAAACUAAAGCAAGUUCUCAGAAUGCUUCAAAUUAUAACCAACUGAAAAUUAAUUCAUUCAACUCCACCGAUUUUUCAAUAGACGGUUAUAAUAGUUCUGAAUCUUUUCAGUUUCUUAGCUUUGAAUUUAGCUGAGAGAUAUCUGAUAGUGAACAUAAUCAGGCAAACAAGAACUUUGCCCAUGUUAAAACAUAAGGAUUUUCUUGAUCAUCAGUGCUUCUUAGUGUCUAUGUAUCUAUAAUCCAAUCUAAUGAUAUCAGAGGAAAAAACACCCAAAGAAUAGAAGAGCAAUUCAGGAGUCACAGGAAAUUUUAGCACUUUGCAUUGAGUUACUCAAACAUUUUACUUCCUUUUUUGUGCACUAAAUUGAGAGGCUUUUUAUGACCCCAGUGAUGUGUCCAAGAUAAAUCAUUUUUUAUGUAAAAUCAAGAUUGUGGUUGUGUUUUUCCUUUUAGAUCUUUUAGUUAGUAUGAGUAGAUUAUAUGACAGAAAAGGCAAUUUCAGCAGAAGCUGCGCAGUUGUGCUUGUUCACAGAGCAAAGGGAGAGUAUCCAGCACCUUGGUUUCACAGAAGUAGUCCCUUAUGUUAUUGUGACAGUCAGGGAAAGAGGAGCUGUUAGUUUUAUUUGUGUACGGUUUUCUGUGGAAAUAUCUUGACAGCAGGAGGUUAGAAGGCAAGAUGAAAUAUUGUCUGUCUGCAAGCACAUUUAUUUAUGUGUUACGUGCAUAAGAGAUGAGCGGUUAUGUAUGUAGAAAUCACUAGAAGGGACCAAGUCCCUGGUACACAUUUUUUUGCAAGACUGCAUAUGGAGAAAGAGCUACUUUUUUAAUGUUAUUCUGACAUUAAAAAUGAGAUUUCA